CUGGCAACAGGCGCUGGGUCGGUCGCCUUUAAAGAAUAUGUGUCGUCACACCGCAAAUUACCAGGGGGCGCCGCCCCCUUAAGACGCAGCGGGCGUCUUGCGUCACGGGCGCGGCCUGGUGACGGAGGUGCUGGGCCUGAGGCGGGCGGUGGUCGAGCCGAGCCCGGGCCGUGUGAGGAGAUCUCGGCGGCGGAUCCUAUCCGACCCGACCCGACCCGGCCCGGCCUCACCAUGAGCGUCUUCGGCAAGCUGUUCGGCACGGCCGCCAAGGCGGGCAAGGGGCCGAGCCCGCAGGAGGCCAUCCACCGGCUGCGGGAGACCGAGGAGAUGCUGACAAAGAAGCAGGAGUUUCUGGAGAAGAAGAUCGACCAGGAGCUGCUGACGGCCAAGAAGCACGGCACCAAGAACAAGCGGGCUGCUCUACAAGCCCUAAAGCGCAAGAAGAGGUACGAAAAGCAGCUGGCGCAGAUCGAUGGUACGCUGUCCACCAUAGAGUUCCAGAGAGAAGCUUUGGAAAAUGCAAACACUAACACAGAAGUACUCAAGAACAUGGGCUUCGCUGCCAAGGCAAUGAAAGCUGCUCAUGAAAACAUGGACAUUGACAAAGUAGACGAGCUAAUGCAAGACAUCACAGAACAGCAGGAACUGGCACAGGAAAUCUCUGAUGCCAUUUCAAAACCAGUAGGAUUCGGUGAAGAUUUUGAUGAGGAUGAGUUGAUGGCUGAGUUGGAAGAACUGGAGCAAGAAGAGCUCGACAAAAACCUGCUGGAAAUUGGAGAAGCAGAGGAUGUGCCUCUUCCCAGUGUCCCUUCCACCUCUCUCCCAGAAAGGCCAGCCAAGAAGAAGGAAGAGGAAGACGAAGAUAUGCGGGACCUGGAAGCAUGGGCUGCUAUGUGAGAAUGAUGAGCAUCUUGUAAAGCACGGACAUUCUCGUAUGUCAUGGUUGUGGGUGUUUUGUUCUACAUUGAAGGUCGUGAGCAGAGUAAAUUUCUAAAUGGCUGCUGGAAUAUAUUUUGGGAAGGGUGUGUGCGUUGUGGCAAUGUGGUUUGUUAUACAGGAGGAGGAGCAGGGAAGGAGAAGGCAAACACUUUGGUACUACUUGUCCUAUCUUUCAUUGGAUCUUCACUUGUGUUAAUGACCAUAGGCUUCAAACCCACGAUAACUUCUCCCCCUCCCGAAACUGCACCACCCCCUCUCCCUCCCACCGUAGUGCCAUUCACCAUAUCACUCCUCCUGUCCAUUUGUAACUGCUGCAGUGCCGAUUUGGUUUUCACAAUGAAAUUCCCGUAGCACAUCUAUAAUUGUUUGCUUGAGGUGAAGCCAGGGUUGGUUCUUACUCCUGUAGCUUCUCCAAUUUUUUUUGAUUUAUUCUUUACAGAAAAAAAUCUCAAUUGAAGACCUUUUUUUCCCCAAAACAAAACUCUUUUUCAGCAACGGAGCUCUUUAUUUAUAAAGCUUGUAAAUUAUUUUCUUCCCCACAAAAUUUAAGCUGCUUAAAAGUGUAUUUUAAUCGGGUAUAAGCGCGUGAUUUACUGAGUUUGAUUGCUCUUUCUGCGCCUCUGGGAAUUUUUGGUUUAAGUUUUUUUUGGUUUGUUUUGGGUGAGGGGUGGUUACAGUUAGGGAACCUUAUUUCUAAAUUCCUGGCUGUCAAUCAAAGAUCGUGUUGAUUGCUUGUAUUUUUCUGCUCAUCUGGUACAAUUUCACUUUUCCCUUUUUAUUAUGGACUUAAACCUAUAAGACACCUUCUGAAUGCUGCUUCAGCUAAAAGUUAUAUUUUCCUCUUCAACAUGGGCUGUGUACAGCACAGUGGUGGCAAUAUGGGGCUCUUAAUCCACUACAAAAUCAACCUAAUCCUACUUAAACAUGCUGUAAAUACGUUGAGAAAAAAUAAAAUUUCUUUUAAUGUAGCAAAA